AUUCGAUGACGCGUUCCGGAAUUAUCACCUGGGUAAAACCUCGUGUGACCCUGUAUAGAUACCCUAAUAGCACAGAAACGUUUCAAAAACGUAUCCGAUUGGACGUCAGAACAUUCUUAAAACGUCAGUUAAAGUGACUGAGAACGUCCAAAAGACAUUUAUGUUUAGAAUAAAUGUUACAACUUCAAACGUCAUAGACGUCGAAAAUAGACAUGAGGUUUUAAAAAUAUCCCAAAUAAUACGCCUAAAGAACAUCUUUUUUACAGCUUCUUGAAAAACACUCUGAAAGUGAGGAAAUGGACAUUACCUACUUAAAAAACACUCUUAAAACGUUUGCUGUAGUUGGUUUCAAAAACGUCCUACGUUCCUACAGUAGUUUCCGACAUUUUGACGUUAAACUGACUUUGAAAAAAUGGCCAACGUACUAUGCUAUUAGGAUUUUCCGGCGCAGCCCAAAAGGGAUGUGUUUACUAUUAUUUGACAGCGAGUAAACAGCUGACUGGAUUGCCACGUUGCCAAAUCGAAAAUUUGACGUGUCAAAAAAAAGGGAGGAAAUUAAUUAAAUUUCAAGCGUGUGUUGGCUAGUUUGUGUUAUAUUAUACUAUACUAUAAUAAAAAGGAUAAUAAUAUAAAAGAAUUAUUUUGAAGUCUUGGAGAAUAAUUUAAAAAAACAUUGUUUUAGUGUAUACAAAUUUGGCAACACCGCAUCAAAAUCAAUGACAAGUGUCAAAGUAACACGUGCCGGUGACAGCAAUCAAUGGAGGGGGUAAUUUGUUUUUUUUUUAGAGGCUUGAAUUUCAGUUAAUUUUUUUAAUUUUCAAUUAGUAAUUAUUAUGGAAACUGCAACAAAUACACGAGAUAUCAACAAAAAACGUGAAGGUUACUUGGAAUGGCCAGAAUAUUUUAUGGCUACAGCAUUUUUGGCUGCGAAAAGAAGUAAAGAUCCUUGUUCUCAAGUGGGAGCUUGUAUAGUCAACGAGCACAACGUUAUUGUGGGUACUGGAUAUAAUGGGAUGCCCAAAGGUUGUCACGAUGAGGAGUUUCCUUGGAGCAAGGAAUCCAAGAACGAAUUGGAAAACAAAUAUUUAUAUGUCUGUCAUGCAGAACUUAAUGCGAUAUUGAACAAAAAUUCAGCCAAUGUUAGAAAUUGUUCCCUCUAUGUAGGACUAUUUCCCUGUAAUGAAUGUGCAAAAGUAAUAAUACAAUCAGGCAUAAAGGAAGUAAUAUACAUGUCGGACAAACACUCUAAAAAGAUCUCAACUAUUGCUUCGAAGAGGAUGCUGGAUGCUGCUCGGGUCACUUAUUGGCAACUGAUACCAAAAAAUAGAAGAAUUGUGAUUGACUUUGACGAAAUAAAUUGGAACGAACAAAACCAACUGCCAGCAAGUCCUGCCCCAGUACAAGUUUCAAAAAUGAUGGAAAAUCUGACAAUAGCUGGAACUACAGCUAAACCAUUACAAUUUGAUGAAAUUGUAGAUAAUUAGAUUAGACAAUAACAAAUUGAUUUGUUCAUAUAGUAUUGUGAGGCCUCAAAAAUUGUGAUAUAAAUAAAACAAGCUUUUUCU